CAUCAACCCUCCUAAGCCAUUCGAAUCUAGUUUUACAAGCUUAAGAAUCAAAAACCUAAGAACAGUUUCAUCCAAAAAUGUUUGGAGAGAUUAGUUUGGAGUCUGAUUUUGCUCUCUUGGAGUCUAUUCGGCAACACCUUCUCGACGAUAAUUUCGAUACCGUUUUGGAAGAAUCGUCGCCGACAGGUUCAGGCAGCCCUCCUCCUAUGUUCUGCCGGAGUUUCAGUUUCAGUGCCCUUUUCUCGGCGGAGAGUUGGAGCGACAUGCCGCUGAAAGUGGACGACAAUAACGACGUGGUCGUUUACAGUGGUUCCACAGACAACGGAUGGAGUCCAUCAUCAGAUCACAGCCACAUUGAAGUUGUUGAGACCACACCCAUGAAACCGGAGCCUCAGGAGGUGGUUUUGGAAGGGAUAGAGGUGGUGCCUGAAACUCACGCGCCGUCAUCGGGCAGGCACUUUCGAGGAGUGAGGAGGAGGCCGUGGGGGAAGUAUGCGGCGGAGAUUAGGGAUCCUAAGAAGAACGGGGCGAGAGUGUGGCUUGGGACCUAUGAGACGGCGGAGGAUGCGGCAUUGGCUUAUGACAAAGCCGCUUUUAAGAUGCGAGGCUCCAAAGCCAAGCUCAACUUCCCUCACCUUAUUGGCUCGGAGGGAUGCGAGCCGGUUAGAAUAACCCCAAAGCGGCGGGCACCGGAAUCCUCCUCUUGGUCUUCCUCUUCAGACAGUGGGUCGCCAAGGCCAAAAAGGAGAAACACCGGAGUUGGCUCGGUGGCUGGAGCCGAGUCGGGUAGCGAAAGCCUAGUAGAGAUGGUUGAGAUGAGCCAGCUAGCCGUUGUUGAUCAAUGGCUAAAUGAACUCAACACUACAGUCUUCCCCAUGCCACAUGAAACCAAUUAAUAAUUUUUAUUAUAUUUUUUAGACAUGGAGAUUCCCAAUCCCUUAUGUAAAGCGUUGGGCUUUUUAAAAAAAAAAAAAAUAAUUCCACCCUUGUUUUUGUACAUGAUCAUUAUGGACUCUUUUUUUAUUGGCAAUUUGUUAUGAGUUUUGUUUCAUAAGAUAUAA